AUGAGGAACAGCUUUAUGCCAAGGCAACGAAGUACAAAGAAAAAACUGGAAAAUAGACAGAUGCCAGCUCCAAGAAAUGAAUGCCUUACAAUAAAAAAUGUUGGUGAGGAAUCAUCAACCAAUGAUGACAGUUCCAGUCUCUCUAGUGAUGAAAAUAAAGAACGUGGAAACUGGACUGGAAGAUUAGAUUUCUUGUUAUCUUGUGUUGGCUAUGCUGUUGGCUUAGGAAACAUUUGGCGGUUCCCUUAUUUAUGCUACAAAAGUGGAGGAGGAGCUUUUCUAAUCCCUUAUUGCCUGUUUUUGGUUUUGUGUGGAUUACCUUUGGUGUUCUUAGAGACAGCAUUUGGUCAAUUUGCUAGUCUCAGUCCCAUAACUAUCUGGAGAAUCAGUCCUUUAUUCAAAGGUGUUGGUUAUGGAAUGGUAAUAGUAUCCAAUGACACGGAAAUAACAGCAAAUUUGAUUGAUAGAGAAACUGUGGCAGAAUUGAGCAAUAGUACCAAAAUAUCUCCCAGUGAAGAAUUUUGGCAAUUAAGAGUUCUUCACAUCAGUGAUGGUAUUGACAAUUUAGGAUCUGUGCGUUGGGAGCUUCUCCUCUGCUUGAUGUUGGCAUGGAUUGUUGUUUUCCUGUGUCUAUGCAAAGGAGUGAAGUCUUCUGGACGUGUUGUCUAUGUAACUGCAACUUUUCCUUAUCUUAUACUAACAAUCCUAUUGAUCCGGGGUGUCACAUUGCCAGGUGCUUGGAAAGGAAUAAAAUUUUAUCUUGUACCUAACUGGCCAAAAUUAUUAGAGUUUCAGGUCUGGGGUGAUGCAGCCACACAAAUUUUCUACUCUGUGGGUAUGUCUUGGGGAGGGCUCAUUACCAUGUCAAGUUACAACAAGUUUCACAACAAUGUAUACAGGGAUGCAAUGGUAGUUCCCCUAAUUGGUUGCAGCACAAGCAUCUUUGCUGGAUUUGUUAUUUUCUCAGUUUUAGGGUUUAUGUCACAUGAAACUGGCAUAUCAAUUGAGUCUGUUGUAACACAAGGUCCUGGUUUAACAUUUGUUGCCUACCCUGAAGCCAUAACAAAAUUGCCAGUGUCUCCUUUAUGGUCAAUUUUGUUUUUUUUAAUGUUAUUCACUGUUGGUUUGGAUACUCAGUUUGGUAUGUUUGAAACAAUGACUACAGCUUUUGUAGAUGAGUUCCCUGAAUAUUUACGGCAGAAGAAAAUGCUAUUUACAGCUGGAAUCUGCUUCAUUGAAUUUUUACUUGGAAUUCCAUUUGUCACACAGGGAGGCAUCUACUUGCUGCAGGUUGUGGAUUGGUACUGUUCAACUUUCUCUUUGAUGAUCCUGUCUCUGACUGAAUGUGUGGUGAUUGCUUGGAUUUAUGGAGCUGACCGUUUUUACACUGAUAUAACAAUGAUGAUUGGGUACACACCAUGCUUGUGGUGGAAGAUUUGUUGGCGAUUUAUUACCCCAUCCAUAACAUUGGAUCUUUAUAACUCUCUUCCCUCUUCCUCCCCUGUUCUUCUUCCUCCCUCCUCUCCUUCUUCCCUCCCCUCUCCUUCUUCCCUCCCCUCCUUCUUCCCUCCUCUCCUUCUUCCCUCCUCUCCUUCUUCCCUCCUCUCCUCCCCUCCUCUCCUUCUUCCCUCCUCUCCUUCUUCCCUCCCCUCCUUCUUCCCCUCUCCCCUUCCUUCUUCCCUCCCUGUCCUUCCCUCCUCUCCCCUGUCCUUCUUCCCCUCCUUCUCUUUCCCCUUCUUCCUUUCCCCUCUCCUUCUCUUUCCCCCCCUUCUCUUUCCCCUCUCCUUCUCUUUCCUUCUUCUUCUCCCCUCUCCUUCUUUUCCCCUCUCCUUCUCUUUCCCCUCUCCUUCUCUUUCCCCUCUCCCUUCUCUUUCCCCUCUCCUUCUCUUUCCCCCUCUCCUUCUCUCCCCCUCUCCUUCCCUCUUCCCUCUCCUUCUUCUUCCCCCCUGUCCUUCUUCUCUUUCCCCUCUCCUUCUCUUUCCCUCUCCUUCUCUUUCCCCUCUCCUUCUCUUCCCCUCCCUUCUCUUUCCCCUCUCCUUCUCUUUCCCCUCUCCUUCUUCUUUCCCCUCUCCUUCUCUUUCCCCUCCUUCUCUUUCCCCUCUCCUUCUCUUUCCCCUCUCCUUCUCUUUCCCCUCUCCUUCUCUUUCCCCUCUCCUUCUCUUUCCCCUCUCCUUCUCUUUCCCCUCUCCUUCUCUUUCCCCUCCUUCUCUUUCCCCUCUCCUUCUCUUUUUCCUCUCCUUCUCUUUCCCUCUCCUUCUCUUUCCCCUCUCCUUCUCUUUCCCCUCUCCUUCUCUUUCCCCUCUCCUUCUCUUUCCCCUCUCCUUCUCUUUCCCCUCUCCUUCUCUUUCCCCUCUCCUUCUCUUUCCCCUCUUUCCUGAUUUUUUUGUCUUAACUUUACUCUUCCUAAUUCAUAUUUUUUUAUUCACUUAUUUCUCUACUUACUCUCUUUCUCUCUUUCUUUCUCUCUCUCUCUUACUUCUCUCUUCUCUCUUUCUCUCUCUCUACUCUCUCUUUCUCUACUUACUCUCUCUUUCUCUACUUACUCUCUCUUUCUCUACUUACUCUCUCUCUCUCUACUUACUCUCUCUCUCUCUACUUACUCUCUCUCUCUCUCUCUCCCCUCUCUCUCUCUCUGCUCUAUCUCUCUCUCUGCCUCUCUCUCUCUCUACUUUUCUCUCUCUCUACCUACUCUCUCUCUCCCUCUUUUCUCUCCUACUCUCUCUCUCUCUCUCUCUCUCUCUCUCUCUCUCUCUCUCUCUCUCUCUACCUACCUUCUCUCUCUCUCUCUCUACCUACCUACUCUCUCUCUCUCUCUCUCUCUCUCUCUACCUACCUACCUACCUACACAACUGUUAUAACAUUAUUUUUGACCAAAAAUAA